GGGGAGUUACUUUACGGCCCUUCUCCCUGCAUGCACUGGACCCAGGCGACGUGGCUCUGCGAACGCUGACGUGGUGGUGGUGGCAGCGGCAUCAAGCGCAGCGAGCCAAGAUGCGAGUGUCACUAUCCCUGUGGGUGGCUGUGCUGUGCACUCUGGCACCAGUGCAUGGAGGAGACGAGGCCAGGCUACUGGCUUCUAAAAACCUGCUUAACACAUAUGCCGUGGAAGGUCGGGACUUGACCGUCCAGUUCAACAUUUACAACGUGGGCUCCAGUGCUGCCCUCGAUGUGGAGCUGGUCGACGAGUCCUUCUCGCCGGAGGACUUUGGCAUCGUCUCCGGGGCUCUUACCGCCAAGUGGGAACGGAUUGCUCCAUCGAGCAAUGUUACCCACGCGGUUGUGUUGCGGCCAUUGAAACCUGGCUACGUCAACUUUACGGCAGCGACAGUCUCCUACCUCCCCCACGAGGGCAGCAGCGUGAUGGUGGGUUUCACCAGUGCUCCUGGCCAGGGUUCCAUCCUGGGCCAGAGGGAGUUUGACAGGAGAUUCUCUGCCCAUUAUCUGGACUGGAUGGCGUUUGCAGUGAUGACCUUGCCAUCCGUGGGCGUCCCACUGCUGCUGUGGUACUCGAGCAAAAGCAAGUACGAUGCACCCAAGGCCAAGACGAAGUGAGCAAGCGUGGUGCCACAGAAGAGGGCACUGCCACCGAGCCCAGACGACAUGCAAAGAGUUUUCCUCAAUGUCAGAAUUUUACUAAGAAGCCAAGCAACAUUUGUACAUCUGGCUGCAUAAAAAUAUAGACCCUUAAAGCAUAUGUGCCAAUUGCAUAAAUUAUGUAUGCAUUCCACUCAUGUCGGGCCUUAUUCUUUUGACAGUUUUUUUUUUAUAAAUUCGCAAGUUUGCUUUGAUAUACUGUAAUUGGGAAUGUAAUACAUUGAAAAGAAAAUUACAAGAAUUCAUGGUCUUUUUGGACUCAUGUUGUAAAAUGAAUUGUGGCACCAUUUCAGAGGGAGAUAUUAAUGAUGUUUACUGUCCUGUGCCAUAUUUUAAUAAACUUGUGAUAUCUCCCA